CCGAAGUAGUAUAGAUCAGGAGAAAAUGCUGAGAAGACGGUGAAAGCAUUGUAGUCUUAACCGAAGACUCCUUAUUUUUGUUUCAAAACCAUCAUCAUCAUCUCUCAUCAUCUCCGAUCGUAUUGGUUUACUCUCAUAAUACUCUAAUUUUCAGUUGAAGCGUGGAUGAAGAAGAAACGAAGCCUGGAGGAAGUUUAUAAUGCCACUCCGGAAAUUAAACAGGAUGUUGCAAUUUGAUACAAGCCGCUAUUUUUACGACUCACGGUGGCUUUGGAAUUUAGUACUUUUGGAUGAUAGAGGCCCGGGUGGUUGUGCUGUGCUUCCACUUACAUGUCGAUGUGACGUAUUAUUUCUCUGUUGUUUCUUCUAGGUAUCAUCUCAAGUUUAUAAAGGUGUUGGUAGGUCUGGCUGGAGUCAAAAGUCUGAAGCAAGAGUUGGAUCGGGGACCUGUAAUAUGUGCUCGGCUCCUUGCUCAUCGUGCUCUCACAGUGACCAACCAAUUAUUAGGGUAAAGCAAAUCAUGGAAAAUUCUCCGGAGAAACCUGUAGAGAAAAUGUCUCCAGUUCUGUAGAAGUAGCUCCAACUUUUAAGAGCAGGAAAUGUGAAACUGGACUGCAUAGUGCAAGUGAAGCAAGCACUGUAAUCUCUAUGAACUCUAGUUAUGAUUCAUUUUAUGAAAAUGCAGAGAGUAAGUUUACCAUACGGAAUGUUGAGCUGCCGUCAACGUUAUCGGGAGUGUCUACGCCAGAGAAUCAGGAUAAAAUAAAACUACAUAAAUUGAAGUCAGUUAGGCUUCAAAACAAUUUGAAGGACUUAAGAAAUUUUCAAGGGAAUGAGGAUAAUGUUUCAUGCACCAGUGGAGCUGAUGGACUGACAACAGUGUCCAGUGCUAAUAGUGCAACUGUCGGAACCAACACACGACCGACAUAUGUACCUUCUACCAAUAGUUUAGUGUCCAAAGAUGAUGUUAAAUCUGUUCCAUCAGAUCCUGCUCAAUGCCUACAGAAACUUGAUGUAGAGGGAACAAUAAUUUUCACCAGAAGUAUAUGUAAUGAUAUAACUACUCAGGAAGUGUGCUGUCCCGUAAGUUUUCCAGAUGACCUCUAUGAUUCAAGACUGUUGGAGUAUAAUCUGCCAGAGCACAUAGACGAGGCUGCUGGUUCAGUGAGUGUACAAAGUAGUAAUCCUAAUACUCCCAAGGAGAAGUCCAGUAAAAUAUAUUUUCGCACCCCACUGCCCGACUGCCCUAACGAGUAUAUAAAUCCGUCUGUGACAAGCAAACUGGUAUCUAAUACUCUUUGCAGAAAGGAAUCUACUUUUUGCAUUUCUAGUAAUCCUCAGGAUAUGAAACUAGGUCUUGCAACUGAAGCUUUGAGCUCUUUACAGCACACUAAUGAAGUUGAGAAGGUUGGAGAGUUGCUGGUUUUACCUGUUGCCAAGAAAACUUUUACUCAGUCUCUCCCAAUUGAAGCCUUGAACUCUACAGAGCAAAAUCAUGUGAAUAAUGAGUCUGAUAUUGAGGAAGAUGAUCAAGUGUGUGAUACAUGCGGAGACAUAGGGAGGGACAAUUUACUUGUUGUAUGUUUCCGGUGCAGUGAUGGAGCAGAGCACACAUAUUGCAUGUCAAGAAUGCUUGAUAAAGUUCCAGAAGGUGGCUGGUUGUGUCAAGAAUGCAAGAUGGAGGAAAGGAACAGUCAGAAGAAUGAUAACUAUGAUGAAGUGGGCAGUGUAGCCCAUCAUUUUUCUGUUCGAAAUGCUAAAAUUUCUCAUCUUUGUAAAAAGUCAGGUGGAAAAGAUACAUCUUCUGAGACUAAUAAAAGCAAUAAAAAUGGUUCAAAGGCAAAAGUGCCUCAUAAAAGAAAUGAAGACAAUGUUGAUGUUUCUUCUGCAGUAAACGAACAGGCUCUUGAACCAACUGUCAGGUCACUGAAGAAACAUAGUCUAGAUAAAGUUGGCGUACAUCGUCGUAGUAGGUCAGUCAGAAGCAUUGUUAGGGGUGACUCUAAGACUGUGCAUAAGCUUCAUUCUGUUGCUUUCUCGUUUGCUGAUACUAAAGGAACAGAGGCUCCUGAAUUAGGUUCCCUGAUAAAGUCUAAAUCAUUUAGUACUACACAUACAAAGUCAGAAUUUAAGCUUCUAGAUGAAGUUUUCUGUAAUAAGAAAUCAAUGCCAAAUCCUGCUGUGCCUCGUAUAAAGGAAGGGUCAAGCAGAGUGAUGGGAAAAUCAGUGUCAUCUAAAUCAUUUGAUUCAGACCAUUUAAGAAAUGAUGAAUCUAAUUCUGAAAUGUUAUCUCCAAAAUUUUCUCAUGCUCGGGACUUAGCAGGGUUCAAACAUGCAAAGGAACAGAAUUUCGUGAAGAGGAAGAGCUCUUUAGCCCAAGAAUCAACAAAUUUAGCUGAAAAAGUCCAGGGAAGUUCUAUUAGUCACCCCAGGCAGUGUAGUACAGCUGGAACAAAAAGCGACUCCUGUCAGAAAUGUGAAGAUGUGGAAGUACUUGCUUCUGAUGUGCUUACUGCAGGAAAUUCGAAGGAGGUGAAAGAUAAUUGUAACAAACCACAAUCUGAAAUUGACGCAGCUCAACUAAAGAAGACUGGAAUUUACAGAAAUGAUAGAGUUCUAGAUGUUUCUACCUUAAACAGUAAGUGUGAAGUUUUGGCACACUAUCAACUAUCAAUCUCAUGUAACUCACGUAACUUAGUUGCUGACGACAAGGUAUUAAAUGCCAACUGUAGCAAGCAGCCAAUUUCUAAAUCCUCCGAGGCAGUCAAUUCUCGUAUAGUUGAUAGUUUGCCUAAUUCCCCUAUUGACCGGAUUCCUAAUGUGAAAGAUUUGCCCAACCAAGCUUUCAAAGUAACUUCUUCUCUCUUGACGAAUACAGCUUUCCCGGAGUAUGAAUAUGUUUGGCAAGGUUGUUUUGAGGUAUAUAAAAGAGAAAAGUUGCCAGAUCUUUAUGAUGGACUUCAAGCUCAUUUAUCAUCUUGUGCAUCGCCUAGAGUUAUUGAAACAAUGAAAACUUUUCCUCACAAAGUUCUUUUGAAUGAAGUCCCGCGGUUGAGUACUUGGCCAAUUCAAUUUGUGGAAACCGGAGUUACAGAGGAUCACAUUGGAAUUUAUUUCUUUGCUAGAGAUUAUGAGAGCUAUAUAAAAUGCUACAAAAAUGUGGUAGAGAGGAUGAUGAAAUAUGACCUAGCUUUGAAAGGAAACUUGGAUGGUGCUGAGAUUCUGAUAUUCCCGUCCAACCAGCUUCCUGAGAAUUCUCAGUGUUGGAAUAUGAUGUUCUUUCUCUGGGGUGUCUUCAAGGGGAAGACGGUUGAUUGUCAGCGACAAGUGACUGGGCCUUGGAUGAAAGUUUCUGGUCCAGAUUUGCCUACAGCUAUCAUGUCUUCGCCAGAGAAUAUAAUUUCACAUGUACCUAUAGACAAAGAAGAACUUGUGUCUCACAUGGAUGUGGUGUCUGAUUCCUUAGCACAUUUGCUUCCUCUCUUACCAGCUAAGACAUGUUGUGGAACUAAUCCUUCGCCUGCUUUUCCAAAGGUUACAUGCCCAAAUUUGAUUGUAGAGCAGCCAGAAUACAUUUUGGAAUGGAAUCUGUUGCCUAGUAAUCCAAAAUGUCCACCGCAAUCAUGGCCAGAAGUCAGAUCAACACCCGUGGGCAAGACUGUAGGAAUUACUGGAAGUUUGUUUCCUUUAGACCUGUUUCCCGUAAAGAAUCUCCAUGUAGGUGACAGUUCUAUUUUGUACAAUAGGGAGGAGCUCCAACAAGAAAGGGUCCCUAAUCUCGAGCUGGCUUUGGGUGAAGUAAUAUCAAUGAAAGAAAGUAGACAUGAUCAAUCUCUUGUUAGGGAAGAAACAAAAGCAGAAGAUGUAACUGCUGCUCUUUCCCUUUUCAGGUGAGGAUCACCGCACAACCUCUUCUGAGAACGAAGCAGCACCUGUAUGUAGACGCAAUAUGAGCUUCUCCUUAUGUAUGUAAAUACCAGAUGGCUGUGGCAGUUGUAUAGAAGGAUCAUGCAUCAGACCCAGUUAUGUUCAUAGACCAGAUAUAAUUAUCACUAGAGUUUUACAGGUGUUUUUUCUUCAAUCUCAUGUGUUACCCAUGUCAUCAAUUUGCUAGUGGAUAUAAUAAACUAGCUAUCUGUAUGUGAACGAGGAUGAAAUCUAUUGCCUCGAUGGGUUUUUGGACAAAGCUACAAACGUCUCAAGGUCUUGCAGGGUUUUGCAGGAUCCAGUACAGUACUGCCUAAUAGAAGUGACUUUUUUUACCUUUGCCUGACUUAAGUCAUGAUUCAUCGCUUAAAAUUUUGUGCUCUUGAGUAGUUAUGACGAGAUGGUAUAAUUGGAAUUUCCUUGUAAAGUUAGCAGUUGUUUU